AUGCUGACGUCGUUGGUGGAUUUUCUGGGCAAGAACAAAAGGAGAUAUGACCCAUUUUCCAAUACAUAUAACCCCGGAUGGCGAGAUCACCCAAAUUUGAGGUAUGACAAUCAACCUCAAAACUUUCAAAGGGUUCCACACCAACAACCACCACCACCACCUCAAACCAAUCCCAAUAAUGGUAUGCCCCUAGAGGAUAUCGUGAAAACACUCGCCUUAAGCACCCAACAACUCCAACAAGAAACUCACAAGUUCCAACAAGAAACCCGCUCGAGCAUACAAAAUUUAGAAUCCCAAAUGAGCCAACUGGCCUCCUCCGUCAGCCGCUUGGAGUCUCAAGGUAAAUUUCCCUCCCAAACUAUUAUUAAUCCUAACCAAAACAUUAGUGCUAUUAACUUGUGCAGCGGAAAAGAGCUACAACUCGAAAAUAUUACUAAGCAUGGGGACACACAGCAGGACAAAAUAGAGGAUGCACUCGAAAUUCUUCCAAAACAAGCUGAAAUGUCCAACCAAGUCAGAGAGGAAAGUCCCAAGGUGUUCAUAACCAAACCUCCCUUCCCGGAAAGAUUCGCCAUGCUGAAAGAGGAGGAAGAGGAAAAGGAGAUUCUUGAAACUUUACUCAAAGUUGAGGUAAAUAUUCCCCUACACAAUGCAAUUAAACAAAUAUCUCGCUAUGCAAAAUUUCUCAAGGAAUUAUGUACCAACAAAUCCAAAUUGAGAGAUAAUGAAAGGGUAAGUAUGGGAGAAAAUGUAUCUGCCUUUCUUCAAAGAAAAUUACCUCCUAAAUGCAAUGAUCCAGGUACGUUUUCUAUCCCUUGCAAAAUUGGAAAGAUUGGAAUAGAAAAAGCAAUGUGUGAUUUAGGUGCUUCUAUUAAUAUUAUGCCUCUUACUAUCUAUGAAUCUUUGAAUGUUGGCCCAUUGAAAGAAACGGGGGUCGUUCUUCGACUUGCCGAUCAUUCCGUAGUUUACCCCGAAGAAGUUCUUAAGGAUGUACUUGUGCAAGUUAAUGAAUUGGUUUUUCCUGCUGGUUUUUAUGUGCUUGAUAUAAGGGGGGUAUUUCUCCCAAUUCUACAUCCAUCUUGCUAG